UGCGAUCUUCUUGUUCACUAUGGUCACAGCUGUCUUGUGCCCAUCCAGAACACUGAAGGAAUUGCUUUACUUUAUAUCUUUGUGAGCAUCAAUAUCAACAUCAGUCAUUUUGUCGACUGCAUUCGGGACAAUUUCAAGCCUCCAUGCAAACUCGGAUUGGUUAGCACCAUUCAGUUUGUAUCAUCUCUGCAGUCAGCUCGUGCAGCUCUUGCUGAUAGCGGGCUCGAAAUAAUCUUACCUCAAUGCAAACCGCUUAGCCCUGGUGAAAUUCUUGGUUGCACCUCGCCGCAAUUAGGCGAUAGUUGUGAUGCUGUUGUAUACCUUGGUGACGGGAGAUUCCACCUUGAGUCACUUAUGAUUCAUAAUCCAUCGGUGAAAGCAUACCAAUAUGAUCCGUAUUCGAGAAAGUGCACUGUAUUUGGUAUCAUUCAAGGAACACUUGGUCGCCAAGGAAAUAUUAAGAUUGUAGAGGUAAUCUUGCUCUCGACAUUUUUUGUCAUAUCUGUUUACCUUACCGGAAAGUCAAUCACUGGUUUUUGUUCGUUCUUGUGCUAGCC